AUUUCCAUACUUUUUUGUAAAAAUGGUUGUGUUAGAAAACUUUUCGUAUUUGGACUACUUACGACAUUAGCAUGCUGUGCCAAUGGGGUUGUACAAACAAAAAUUCCAGCCGCAAUAGCUACUAAAGGUCCGUGUGCUAAAGAACUUUUUAUAUUAGAGACAGAAAAAGAAUUUCCAGACGAAAAUUGCGAGGGUCUUCCAAAAAAUUAAAAGGGUCUUGCAGAAAAUUGCAAGAGUCUUGCAGAAGGAAAAGAAAAAGAUGACCUAAAGAAAUACAAGUUUAGAUAAAAUAUUGAGAAAACGGAAAAUCAAGAGGAAUUUGAAUCAACAGAAUUUAGGUGCUGAAGUUUCCAAAAAAUAGAUAGUUAACAUAUUGAUAUAUGUAAAUAACAUCAAAAAAAUAUUUACUACAUAGAAGUAUGGAUCCACAUGGAGAAAGUACAGAAUUCAUGAAUACCCCUUCAAAUAGUGGUUCUACAACUCGUCAUCAAAUUUACACACAGAGAGAUGCACCAAGACCUUGUUACUAUUUCUUUCGCUUAUUAGGAAUGUGGCAACCGACAAAUGCUUUUCAUAUAUUUAAAGUAUACAAUUGGAUUAUAUUUACUCUAGUUUUUAUAAAUGCUUUCCUUAUAUUCAUGUUAAGCUAUGUACAUUCAUCCAGAUUUAAAUUCGCUGAGGUAUUUAAUAGCAUUGGUUCGAUAUUAAACUUAUGCUGUCCCUUUUUGUUUGCAAAAUACUAUUUUCGGUAUGGCAAUUUUGAACGAAUAAUCAAACACAUAUAUGAACAAAGCACUGAAGAAGAUCUAAAGAAGCUGCGUAAAAUGAGAUACGUUUAUACUUUUUUAUCAUUUAUUAUGUGGACAACAAUGUCGUUGUAUUUAAUCAAACAUUGGGAGCGUUUUUUUAAUAAUCAUUUCCUAAGUUAUCAACUAACUGCUGCAAUUUAUAUACAAGUCGUUGUAACAACCAUUGGUUGGUGGGCUUCUUGGCUUAGUUUAUAUGGGUAUGUUUGUCACAUUCAUGUUCAUCAAAUAGAAUUGUAUGACAAGCAUAUGAAAGAUACAUUUUCAAAAGCUAACAACACGAAUGAUGAAUGCAUCGGACAUUUGUUGUUUGAGUUUAAUGAGCUUCAUCAUUGGCUUGAAUUUACACAAAAAGAUUUUUCUAAAAUAAUAUCGUUUGCCGUCGCGUACCAUAUAAUGGAUAUAUUUGUUUUCAGCUAUGCUUACUGGACAGAUUCGUUUGGAAAAAAUUAUUCUAUUUAUAAUUUUGUAGGUACCAUUUUUUUUGACAGUAUUAGCAUUGCAAUAAAACUCUAUCCUGCUGCACUUGUCUGUAAAGCUGUGCAUGAAAUAGUUAUUUCAGUUGGAAUUCAAUGCAUGUCAAAUUGUACAUCUCACAUACCCAACGAGCGUUUUUCUUUUUACAGACAUUUAUUUUUUAUAGAGCAAGACAUGGGUUUUUUAAUCCUCGGUGUUAAAAUUACAAUGAAACUAACAGUUGGAAUAUUCGUUACACUUGCUACUGCCUCAAUUACAUUUAUUAAGUUUUUAUUACCUACAAAUAACGUAUAAUAAAUAAGUAUUAAAAAUGUAAUUACCUGUAAUCGUGUUUAUUUUGGUUUUGUUAACUUA